AUGGGAGUCCCAGCGGGCCUCACCGAGACCCUCCAGGCCGCUGGCAUACGCGCUCUGGAGCUGCUGGCCAUCCGCCAGACCCUGAUCUCCGCGGUGCCUCCGUGCCCUGCGGUCUCGCUGGCGUGCCCGCCCGCGAACGUCAGCUGCCCGCCGCAGGUGUGCCCUGCGUACGUCUGCCCCCCGCCAGCGUGCCCUGCUCCGCUGGUCAACCUCUCCUGCCCGCUGGCAGGGCUACCCCCGCCACCCGAGGGGCUCGACGUGCCCUCGGCCCUGUGGGGGGGCCUGGCAGGGCUCUGGGCGGGCCUUGGGCUGAGCGGCGCCGCGUGGAGGCGCGGCCGCACGCCCGGGGUGGAGGCAGCUGGAGUCGGAGACCGAGCGCGGGAGCAGCUGCAGCUGUUGAGGCGCAAGCAUGGCGAGAUGCCCCGAGCAGGGGCGGCUGCCGCCCCCGCCGCCGCUGGCACCGUCUGGCUCGAGACGGAGGACCAUCGCGGGCUCAGGCGGGGAGUGAGUCUGCCCGACCCCCUGCCCGACGAAUCGGCCACGCACGGCGACAUGGCGCUCGUCCCGCAUGCGGGGGGCUUCGUCGCGGCGCGACAGGUCCCCGUGGCGGAGGUCGAUGCGUUCGUGGUGGACGACCUGCGCGCGCUGCCCGUCCGCUUCAACCAGGAGAGGGUUCGGCGCCGCCCGUUCAGCGAGGCGGUGGACAUCCAGGUCGGCGACGAGCCCGAGGGCGGCGUCAUGCUGUCGGGGCCCCGUGCCUGCGCGUGGGUGCUGAGGUCGUGGAGGGAUGCUGGGCUCACGCCUAUCACUCACCACGCCAACUGGCUCCGCUCAGGGCACAUCCCCGACGGCGACCGCUCGGUGCACGAGCAUGAGGUGCUGACGAGGGUGCUGGACUCGAGUGUCACCGUCGACCAGCUCAACGCCCCCGCGCUGCAGAGCGCCGAGCUGAUCUGCCGCAGGAUCCAGCUCAUCGAGGACGCGCACGCGUCGGCCGCAGACGACUACAUGGGCUGGGCGGCCACCCACCGCCAGGGCGCCGCCGUCGCGCCCGACCAGCAGCAGCACGUUGCCACUGCCAUGCGCGACCGAGCUGCGAUCUUGAAGGAGGGCCCGCAAGGCGAAGGAGGAGGCGGCGGGAAGACCGACGCCGGCGGCUCCGAAUGGCGCAGGCUCACGACGCCCUCGGCGACGGACAACAGGCCACUGCAGGCAGUCCUCAGCCUGCAGAGGGUCACCUGCGGGGCCCUUCCGGCCUGGGGGCAGCGGCAGAUCGUCAGCCGCCCGGCGACCGCCGCAAUUCGUCGCGAGGUCAGGCUGGCCCCAAAGUCUGACUCUCACUUCUCUCGCCGCGGGGCCGCCAAGGAGCUCCUGGCUUCCAGCCUGUCCUACGCCGUGGGCGAGGCGCCGAGUCCAGUGGCGCGGUGCGCCAGGUCCCGUGUCGGCGCCCCAGAAGUGGGUGCGGCCAUGCCUCCCGUCGAGUCGGUGCUCGAUGAGAUCGGGGAGAGCUACGUGCUGGACUACGAGCAGACAAUGAUGAAGACUCCUGACGAGUGGCCCCGUGCCCUGGACAGCGAGCCGCCCGUCACCCCGUACAUGGAUGAAGUUCUGAAGCGUGACCCAGCUGCUUAUAAGACCUUCAUCGGCGACUUGGUUAGGGCUAACAUGCUGGGCUUCACGCGCCGCCCGAAAGACCUGGUCACUCCCUUCUUCGUGGCCAGGAAGGGCGGGGCCCGGCGCCUCGUCUGGGGCGCUCGCGUGCCCAAUCGUCGUUUUCGUGACCCGCCGCCGCUGGCCACGGGGACAUCGGCGGCGCAUGGUCGCCUGCAACUUCCUGAUGAUCGUGGCGAGGCGGGGGGCUGCAGCACCGAGCUCUUCUGUGCCCAGGCGGACGUGCGCAACUACUUCUACGCACUCGGCCUGAGGGAGGAGCUCGGUCUCUUCUUUUCCCUGCCGCCGCGUGCCAAUGCGCACGUCUGCCGCUCGGCCUCGGGGCUCGGGGCCCCGCGGGCGCUGGCCGAUCGCGGCCCCGUGCCCCCUCUUGAUGGGGGAGCCCCGUGCCUCUUACCUUAUUGCGAUAACAUCAGCGCGAUCGGCACGGGCCCAGACAGACGCAACACCACGAUGCACCUGAUCUGCGACGCCCGCGGGAAGCAUGGCGCUGAGAUCCACGAGGUGGUCGAGGCAUCCGACGUUCCGGCCUCUAUGCGGCUGGAGCAGCGCCCCAGAGUCACGGGCAGGGAGGUGGAGAGGUAUGUGGGGCAUCUUAUCGAUCACUUUAUGUUGAAGAGGGAGCUGCUAUCGAUUCUCAGGAGUUUGUGCGAUUUUGUCAGGGACUGCUACCACGUGCUCGACCGUCUCCGGCCUUCCGCUGCCCGCGAAGUCGAGCAGCGGCGUCGCCUGCUCCCUCUGAUGUCGGCGAACCUGCGACUUCAGUGGUCGCCCGCGGUUUUCGCUUACGACGCCUGUCAAACAGGUGUGGCCGCUUGCCAGACGUCCAUCUCAUCAGGUCUUGUCAGGCGCAUCGGGCCCGUCAGCGAAAGGUGGAGAUAUCGCAUGCCUUCGGCUAUCUUGGCACGCCGGUCUGCUCUGGGAGUUGGGGCUGCUGAGGUGGAUGAGGCCUCGGAGGGGCCGCGCGACGUCUUCGCCGACGUCGAGGCCGCCAAGGCCCCCAGGCUCACCAACGAGGACCACGUCGAGGACCCCUGGGAACUCAACCCGCACUUCACGGAGGUGCCCCGCGAGGCUUUACAAGGCCCCGAGUGGAAGCAGGCCGUCUCGGCCAGGGUGCACGUCAAGGGAGCCAUCGCGAUCGUAGAGCGCCCGGCGGCCAGCCCCAGGAUAGUCCAGAAGGGCUUCUUGCAGGGCAGGCCGUUCGUCGGCGCCACCAAGGAGGAGAGGGUUGCACAUCGCCCCCCCGCCUCGCGCCCCUUCGCGAUGGCGAGGGGGGGCGAGCGGAGCUUCCUGGAGUGGAACGCGGUCACGCCAGAGACCCAGGCCUACUACAAGGAGGCCCUUGACGACUUCCAGGUGUUCGUCGACCUCCACGCUCCGCCGUUGCGCGCCGCGGCCCAGGUCGACCUAGCGCUGACGAGCUACGCCGACUACGCCUGGAACACUGGGCUCGAGAGGGCCGUCGUCCUGAAGACGUAUGUCGCUUGCAUCUCGGGCUGGAGGCGCCCGGGCCCAGGCCAGACCCGCCCGCCGACGCCGCGGCAGACUGUGGCGCUCGUGGCCCUCGCGAUGGCCACGCAGCUGGCCGCCCCGCGCGCAGCGCUGAUAGUGGCGACGAUGUUCUGGGCCUACCUCGGGCCCUCCGAGGCCGUCGGGCCCCGUGAGCAGGACUUAUUUUUCCUUGGGGGCUCGUCGAAAGACUGCGGCUUCAACCUGCGCCCCAGCGCCGGGGGCGAGUGCGGCAAGACCACCCUCUCCGACGAGAGCCUGCCCCUCGACUCUCCCGAGGCGCCGCGGCCGGGCCCGCUGCUGGUUCGCGCCCGAUCAGGGGAUCCGCGCGCCCCGCUGUUCGGGCUGACGGCCGCGAAGCUCGGCCUCCUCUGGCGCCAAGCGCUGGCGCUCGCAGGAAUGCCGACCAAGUGCGUGCCGUGCCAGCUCCGCCACGGCGGGCCGUCGCACGACCGCCUCAUGCGCCGCCGCUCCGCGGCGGAGAUCAAGGCCCGCGGACGGCGGGCCAGCGACUACACCACGAAGAGGUACGAGGCGCGCGCCAUGGUACAGCAGGAGCUGGUGCCCCUCCCAGACGACGCCCGCCGCCGUGCCGAGGCGGCGCCCCGCAGACUGCGCGCCGAGCUCGAGCGGCAGUCCAUGCCGCCGGCCGGGCUGCGGAGGGCUGGGGCCACGCUGACGGCCCAGGAGCCGAUCUUCUUCAUG